CUAAAAUUGCGUUCUUUCACUACUAGUAGAUCAUGCAUAUAAGUCAUUGAAGCAUCGCUUGAUUAACCCUGAACUCUAACGUUAAAAAAACAUUGUCUGUAGAAAUGUAAAAUAAUGUCUAGGGAAGAAAUUUUCUAACAUCAUUUUGCUAUAUUUAGCAAUUAGGCUUUAUUGAGUCUAUAUGGGUAUCAAACUCUAGUGCAUUCGAAGCGGUUAAAAUAUUCUGCAACGUAGCCUUUAUGAGUUGUGUUUGUGGGAAGUGCAGAAAGAGCAGUCAUGGAGCUAAUACUUUACUGUUUUGCAAUUGUGAAGUUUUGGACGUUUAGCAAGGCAUCUGCUUACAAUUUAGCCACACUAAACGUACUAUCGGAAGUUGCAGUUCGGUUGGAAGAAUCCAACACUCACGACGUUUUGUGUAUUAACUGUCAUGGGCAUUUGUUCGAGGAUUUGAUGGUCGCAUUUCAGAAGCAACAUCCGUACAUGCCGUUCAUAAACAUUGAUAGUGAUUUUUUUAAAUUUUAUAUUCCCAAACAAACGAUACGCAAAGCCAGUAUCGUGUUGACACCUUGCGUAUUCGAUGGAGAGGUAAAGGAAUGCUAUUCAACUGUUGGGAUUUGAUUGGUGUUGAUUGCCGUUAGAAUGUGUAGAGUGUUUAGAUUAAUUCAUAUUCUCUAUUUACUUUCUCUAUGCAGUGUAAAUUGGGUCAGCCGCAAAGUUCAUGGGCCAUACUCAACAAAUAUGCAAUAUACUUUCAAUUGUUUCACAAUGCCACACGAAGCGAAAUGGAUAUAGCGCUCACGGAUGCUAAAAAAAUGGGUCUUUUGUUGGUAGUGCAGCUAGUUGAUAAUCAGAAGGCCAAUCCACGUGUACGCUGUGGUGGAUUUUUUGUUGCUUCGUAUGUGGAACCGCCGUUGGCACAACUGCCAAAUGUGCUGUUUGACGGAUCUUUAACGAAAACUGAACAUUUUACCUACCGCGUAGCGGUUGCACCAAUCCUUACAAGCUUUUUUGUUCAUCAUGGCAAAGUCGUGGGGUUCGAGGUAGACAUUUUUCGCUUGAUAGUUGCUCAACAGAAAGCACAUGCUCUGUUUCACUUUACGAAAACAUCCGAUGUAGGUAAAAUGUUGCAACAGUUGUAUGUUGGAGAUAUUGAUCUGGUUUUGAAUUUAUUACAAAUUAGAAACCAUUACAGCUAUGUGCGAACAUUUUGGCACCAGCACCGUUCGUACUGUAUCACAUUGCCGAGGAAGCUGGAACGGAUGCAUCUAGAAGUGCUGCUGCAUCCAUUCGAAUGGCAAAUAUGGGCUGUUUUCAUCAGUGUGUUGUUGUUAAUGCAGCUGAUAAAUUGCAUCUUUUCGACCAAAUUUAAUUACAAUCUUCUUAUGAUAUGCUUCUUUGGAAGUGGACCAUCGGAGCACGCCCUUCCAUCAACCGCUCGGUUGAUGGUUUGUGCAGUGUGUAUAAUUAUGUUUUUGCUAACGGAAACUUAUCAAGCCAUUCUACUGUCGUUGAUAACAGCCGACACAUAUCUAAAAGGGCCCGAAACGGUCGAUGAAUUUCUCAACAGUAAUAUGAAUCUUUACGUAAUGAAUGGAACAAUUUACAUGAUACCGGAGAAACUGCACCCUGUAACGCACAUCAUGUCGAAUACAAUGACAAUAUACUCGAUGUUUAAACACGCCACAGUGCAAGCCUGUUCCGAUGCUUCAUUCUGGAAUAGCAAUCCGUUGAAGAUGAAUCUUCCAACAAGAGAAGAGCUGAUCGCUUUACAGCCGCCAGUGUUUUACUCUCCGCACUGUGUUACAUUUAACCAUUUGACGCCUUUAGCUCAGAAAUAUCAAGAGUUUAUGAAUCGAUUGUUUGAGGUUGGUAUUUAUCAUCGUAUGCAAAAAAAAUGGUACCCUAAAAAAAUGUUUGAUGAGCAAGAAAUUACAUUUAAUGAUUCCAUUGUUUUGGCCGAUGAUUUAAUCCCUGUUUGGGAAUUGCUGGGGUUUGGUUUGCUGUUCAGCUCACUUGUAUUUGUGGGUGAGUGGGCCUUUUUCUAUAUAAGAUUACGCUGUUCUAGAUAAAUCAUCGAUGCAAGUUAAAAAUUCAUAUCAUAUGACGCAA